CUGGCAGCUAUGGUUCAUCGCUUAAAACUAUUCUUGUUGCUUUCUUUUCUUCUUACUUUGCUUCAACAUUUUUAAUUUUCUUUUGUUUUUAUGUAAAUUUCAUCGAAAAAGUGUAAAUUAAUAUAAAUAUCUACUGGCGAACAAGUAUAUUAAUUAGGGACACACGUUUUUAGUGCUGUAGAGAAUUGACGACCUAAAAGCGAGGAGAUCUUAUUAUUACGCCCACUAAGAAAGGUAGACGGAUGUGGAAAACAGGGACUCUGAAUAAAAAUAGAAUACCAGCAGACAAGUGAACCGAUAGACAUUCGUUCCAAGCAGUGCAAAAAAAAAAAAAACCAAUAAUUUGCACACAAAAAAAAAAAAAAUAAAUAAGGCAUUAAAAAAGUUAUUAUGCAUAGAAUAAAUGCUGGGAAAAUGCCACAAGAAACCCAAACUGCAAAUACAACAGCAACAACUUCGGUCGGAGCCGCUACUGAUGCAAGUCAAAUGUUGGAAGCAGCGCUCCUGCAAAUGGACGGUAUAAUAUCUGGGAAUAACAAUGUUAACGCUAGUGGAUCUGGCGAUGGGGUGAAGUCUCUAAUUACAUCCAAUACAGCGGCUCUCGCUGAACGUAACUUAAUAUCUGCAACUAAUGUAGUUUCUACCGCUAAAACUUUAGCUUUAGCGUUACAACAGGUGGGACUAGCCGCGCCUGCACCAGACCCAGCUAUUGCGGCGGUUAUUAGCGAUUGGUUAGAGACGCAUAUUCCACGGCAAGAUACGGAUGAGCGGUUAAGACGGUUACAGCGGGACAAGGAAGAGUUAGCUGCGCAGUAUCAAUUGCUGGCUGACCGCGUUUCCACGCAAACUAACAAAAUUUUAGAAUUGGAGGGGCUACUUAACGAAAAAACACAAUUAUUAAGCGAGCGUGAAGGACAGUUACAGCGCCAAAUGCUUUCAAGAUCUACACUGGAAACCCAAAAAUUUGAGUUGAUGUCAGCUCUUUCCGAAUUAAAGCUUCAUCGCGCUGCUUUGGAGCGCGAGAACGUAGAGUUACGUGGACUAGAAAAUCAAAUUGAAAAUAAUAUUGGCAAUAAAAAGGCUUUAAUACCAUAUAAGGGGCCACCUUUCGGUAGCAUGGGUAACUUGAAUCAGUUAAACUUCAAUGGCUCGGGAAGUGUUGGAUCUCCUAAAACCCCUACGGCUUCAUUGCACCACCAGAUACAUCCACAAUACCACAGUCUACCACGAGCUCAUAAUACUAAACACAGUAACAAUAAUAACAGCAACCACAAUAAUAUGGGUAAUUUGGGAUGUAAUCGCUCGUUUGACGGAAAUGCAAAUAUGCAACGUCAACGUAAUGUGGCAUUUGCAUCCAAUGAAAAAAUUCUUAUUGAGGAUUCGAAGUGCACAUAUUUGGGUGCAGAAAAUGAUGCAACAGAUAUGCGCGUGGACCUCAUGUACGGAAGUAUUGUUUCGAAUACAAACUCUACACCAUCACCAAACUUUCGAGAAAGGUCGGCCAAAGGUUUAAGAGGCAUUUUCGGAAAAUUGAGGCGAAGCAACAGCGGAAACUUGGAACUGCCAGCACUAGAGAGCGCCGAAGCAGAGUUCAAGCGAGGUGGUGUUACUCGUGCCACUGCAGGUGGGCGCAUUGAAUGGACCACACAAUCUGCCCAACUAUCAACCUCAUCAAAAGGUUAUACAGAAUGGUCGCCGCAGGAAGUAUGCAAUUGGUUGAGUGAUCUUGGUCUUGGUUGUUAUGCUGAAGAUUGUAGAAAGUGGUUAAAAGCCAAUACGACUAUAUGUUUUUUCACCGUCUCUCCAGUGGAUAUAGAACGUGAGCUAAACCUGAAGUCCUCAUUGCAUCGCAAAAAAAUACAGCUUGCCAUUGAUGAACUCACAGGAAAAGAAGAGGAUCCACUAGCUUUAAAAGCUGCACAUCUCGACGUUAGUUGGGUCAUGCGUUGGCUAGAUGACAUUGGAUUGCCGCAAUAUAAAGACCCCUUUUUGAUGGCCAAAGUCGAUGGGCGCAUGCUACAUCGCCUCACCAUGGAGGACCUGGCGCAGUUGCAUGUUUAUUCCUAUUUACACAUAGCAUCUUUGCGCUGCGGUAUACAAUGCAUGCGCGAAAUAGAAUGGAACGCUGAGUGUCUCAUACGACGCUCAGCCAAGUCCGCACGUCCCGUUUCAGAAGCAGAUGAACAAUCAUUAGAGGAGGAUGAGAAGUCUUUGGAAGAAAGUGGUGAAAACAUUGCUUUGUGGACCGCACAUCGGGUGAUGGAAUGGUUACGUGUCGCAGACUUAUCUGAGUAUGCACCCAAUUUACGUGGUGCUGGUGUGCAUGGCGCAUUGAUGCUUUAUGAGCAUCGCUUCACCGCCGACCUAUUGGCUGAUUUGCUGAGUAUUCCUCCCAGUAAAACUUUAUUACGUCGCCAUUUGGCCACACAUUUCAAAGAACUUCUUGGUCGUGAUGUAAUACAAGUCAAGCGUGACGCCGAGUCGGCACCUGGGUAUCAACCACUCACAAUAACAUCUAAAAUUAAACCUCCAAAGAAAUCGCAGUUCUCACUAAAACGAAGAAAAAGCAAUAAAGGAAAUAGUGAUGUGGACUGGACCGAUUAUGUGUGUCCCAUGAUGUCUUUGUGCCUUAGCAGCAACGAUCAAGAUACGUCGCUUCCUCAAAGCAACUCUAACAGUUCGGCCCCUGCUUUAACUGUUACCGCAAAUACGAACAGCCCGAAAUAAGGAAAUUCUGGAGAAGAAAUCCUAUAAUUUAUAUAUAUAUGUAGUAUGUAUGCACAUUAGGGUGGAGUGAAACUUUUCCAAUCGCUUUUGGCAGAUUUGCGAAAGUUGGAUUUCAAUCCCAGAAAUAAGGGUGCAAAAUACUCUUUGUCUCAACGUAUGUGAAGAGGUGCGUCUGACACCAUUAGUGUUUGCAAAAAACGUUAAAUUCAAACUUUUCAUUUGCACUUUGCAAAUUGUGUACGUACUGAGUACAUACACUUAUAUUCACUUUUAGUUGUUAUUAAUGGUGAGAUUGUUUUUAAAGCAUUUUUUAUGGCCUUCUAAGGGACCUUAUAACGCUGUUUAGUGUUGUUGAUGCAUUCGGUGACAUCAAAUGACUUCCGAUGACGAGCUUGUAUUGUGGGUUUAUUAUUUAUUUCCUAAAUUAUUAUUAUUUUACUUAAGUACUGCAGUUAGAAGCAAGCAAAUUACAAACACAUCACUUAAAAUCUUUAAUAUAUAGAAUUUGUAAAUUUUCGUUUAUUUUUUCAAAUUCGUUUAAGCUGGGCGCACCUUAAAACGUUAUCCUACGAAGGCCAUGUUUUAUGAUUUUUAUUAACUCCCAUAAAGGUAACCCUUCAUUGCUCUACCAUUACAAAAUUUAAAAAAAUAUAUAUACAAAAAGAUUCCACAAACUAUCUCUCCAGUUAAAGUAUUGUUUUUGCUAAUUUUCACCUUAUCUGUUUAUCCUUACAUUAGUCAAAUAUUCGAAAUUAAAUAUUUAUUAGCAUCUUAGAGAUCGAUUUCCCCCCUCUUUCUUACUCUGAUCAAUUCACCUAUUACACCAAAUUUUUAGAUCAUAUUUUCGUGCAGUUAUUGACAUACUCAGACAACUUGAUAAAAAUAGCAACGUUUAAGAAAUUCGAAUUAUAUUCAAUUUUUUUUCCGUUCUAGAAUGUUCCGAUAUACAUAUAUUUCAAAGUUACUACUGGCAGUGCUUUAUUUUAUAGAUUUAGAUUGAGGCUUAAACCAAUAUAAAUUUUUUUACCGCGACAUUUUGAUAAAACAAAUAAUAACCUCAUGCUACCAUUUUUUGUGCAGGCAUUUAAAUAUAAAGUGUCUUCCAAAUAAAUAUUGCACAACGUAUUAUAAGUACAUACAUGCCUAUGUACGUAUGUAUGUGUGUAUAUGCCUACAUGCAGCUGAAUGUAAAAGAAAUGGAUUAAUUAAAAUUAAGCAGAAAAUAGCAUUCAACAUUAAAUGUAGCCUGCAUUGGAAUUUAUUAAUGUUUGAUCUUUCAAAAAGAUUCAAAUCAUCUUUUCAAAGUACCAAUUUAUUUACAAAAUUAUUAAAUCAGGAAAAGAUAAGUAUUCCCCUGUAUGUGUAUAUACAUAUCUUAUA